AUGGCUUCCAAUACUGUCUAUCUAAUCACCGGUGCGAACAGAGGCAUCGGCCACGGUAUAGUAGCGAGCUACUUGCAGAAACCAAACAACACAGUCAUUGCGACGGUUCGGGAUGCCACAAACACAGCCCUGACCAACGACCUCUCAUCGUUGCCAACUGGAGAGUCGAGUAAGCUCAUAAUUCUCGGUCUUGAAGCUACCCACGAGUCAGAAUAUAGCGAGCUCUUCCACAAGAUUACUUCCGAACACGAAAUUGACCAUAUCGAUGUUGUCGUUGCAAACGCAGGAAUCAACUAUGACUUGGACCCUGUAGCAACGACUUCGAUCGCAAAGAUGAAGGAAUACAUGGAAGUCAACGCUUACGGUCCUUUGCUUCUAUUCCAAGCCACCCUUCCACUUCUUGAGAAGAGCGCAACACCUAAAUUUGUAGGAAUGGGAAGCUUGAUAUCUUCAUUGGGGAACUUGGAGAGAUGUCCAAUUCCUAUGACUCCUUACGCCACAAGCAAGAUUGUUGUGCAUUGGCUUUCUAGGAAGAUUCACUUCGAGCAUAGCAACAUUAUCAGCUUCGUCGUCGACCCUGGCUUUGUCCAAUCGGAUUUGGGCAACAAGAAUGCUGCUAAGCUCGGAAUGGGUGAAGCACCAACGACCAUCGUAGAUGCCGUCAAUUUCAUUACAACAACCAUUGAUGGUGCGACCAAAACGGAAACUUCUGGGCACUUUCCAACCAUCGAGGGUGGGGACAUGCUUUGGUGA